AUGGCAGUUACGAGCACCAGUCAACGACGUUUAUUUAAAGAUUUACAAAAAAUCCGUUCCGAAGAAUUACCAGGUAUCAAUGCAAUACCUAUUGACGAGGAUAUGCGUGUCUGGAAUGCUUUGAUCGAUGGACCAGUUGAUACGUGCUAUGAAGAUGGAUUAUUUACGCUAAGAAUGGAAUUUGCCGAUACGUAUCCAUUAACACCACCUAUGGUUCGAUUUACUUGUAAAAUGUUUCAUCCAAAUGUCUAUGCAGAUGGUAGUAUAUGUUUGGAUAUAUUACAACGAAAUUGGAGUCCAACCUAUGACGUAUGUGCUGUGUUGACAUCGAUACGUUCAUUGUUGAACGAUCCAAAUCCAAAUUCUCCUGCAAAUAAUGAGGCGGCAAAAUUAUUCGUUGAAAAUCGUCGUUUGUAUGAAGCAAAAGUUCGUAAAUUAGUCGAAGAAUCGAUCAUGGUCGAUCAAAUUCAAAAUGAUUUGAAGAUCACCGAUGAUGAGAUGACAACUAACGAGAAAUCUUCAAGUGAAACAGCAUCUAAUGAAUGA